AUGGCGUCUGUGUCUAGGCGCGACGAGUCGGGAUGGCGUCGACGUUUGAGAGCCCUACGUGAAGAAAUAGCGCGAGAAGGCAGCCCGGAGCGGGAACUCUCCAUUAAGAAGCUUCGGAACAAAGCGGUAGAUUUUCUCAAGGGGAGUGGGCCUGGCAGUGGAGACAGCGGUGACUUCUUUGACGACGCUGAAACGACGCUGCUUCGUGAGAUCAGCGAUGACUCCCGUUUGAAUAUGCCCGACAACGAAGUGCAACCUGCGCCGUGGACCCAAGAUUCCGCGAGCAGAGUGAUUUACCGCUACUCGCUACUUUCCAGUGGGCAAGACGGUGAGAUGGCUUGUGCUAAUGAUCAGUCGCUGGGGCUGCAGGAGCUCUUGGGACAGCACGUGUCGAAGUGGGUCAAGAAGCCGGAAGCGCUGAUGACCCCCACAUCUACCCGUCAGGGAUCGGCCUCUGCAACGUCGUCUGAUUCAGCUUUUGACUCAACGUCGCCAACCCCCACAGAAUUAUCUGAUUCAGCAGUAGACCCGACAGCACCGAACUUCAAAGCGCCACGUGAAUCAGCAGGAGACUCCACAGCACCAACCUCUACCGACAAGGCAUCCAUGCCUCAGUUGCUCAACAGUGGUGAGAAGUGUCCAACGCAAUCUGUGAAUGAUCAUUCGGAGAGUAGUACUGAGAGCGAGGAGGAGCGGCAUGAGGAGGGGCUUUUUGAGAUUGAUUGA